AUGAGUGGCUUUGUAUGUCUCAAACUCUCACCACCGCCACCACCACCUCUCACCCUCUCCAAACCUCAUCUUCCCCUCCGCAACACUCUCCUCGGUGCCGCCCUCUCCUUCGGCCUCCUCUUCUCCUUCCCCUCCGUCUCCGCUCUCCAACUCCCUGCCCAACCGUGUUCUCACCUCCAGCCUCCGCAAGAGACGCUGCAAAUCGCCCCCGAGGUUGUCACCAACCAGGGCCUCGUCGAGGAGGCGUGGCAGAUUGUCAACGACACCUUCCUCGACACUGGUCGCCACCGCUGGUCCCAGGAUACUUGGCAGCUGAAGAGGGAAGCUGUCUUGAGCAAUUCCAUUCAGACCAGAUCGAAGGCGCACCAAAUCAUCAAACGAAUGCUCUCCAGUUUGGGCGAUCCUUAUACGCGCUUUCUCUCUCCCGAUGAGCUCAAGUUUAACUCAUUUGAGUCUCAAACUACUUUUGAGUUGGUUUGGCUUAUUGUUGGUCCUAGGUCACAUGAUGAGCCUAACAAAACUACUAGGAUGGAUGUUGAUACCAUUUUCUCCAAGAUGGCGAGGUAUGACAUGACGGGUGUUGGAAUAAACCUUAAGGAAGUUCCUAGUGAAAAUGGAGACCUCAGACUGGAGGUACUGGGAAUUAUAUUGGACGGUCCUGCUCAUUCUGCUGGUGUUAGACAGGUAGACAAAGUUGAUGAACAUUCUUCAAAAUUUGCUGAUCCUCAACCGAGGCUAGUGCAUCUGGGAAAAUUUGGGGCAAAUGCAUAUAAGAAAGUGAGGAUCAGUGCAUCUAGAACAAAGCAGAAAACAGUGCAUUUGGGAAAAGCUGGGGGGGAUGAAAUAUUGGCUGUCAAUAACACGGACGUAAAGGGAAAAUCAGCAUUUGAAGUAUCAUCCCUGUUGCAAGGCCCAAAUGGAACAUCUGUGACUAUUCAGGUCAAGCAUGGCAACUGUGGACCUGUUGAAUCAAUAGAAGUUCAGCGGCAACUUGUUGCUCGGACCCCAGUCUUUUAUCGGCUGGAACAAUUGGACAGUGGUGUUACUCCUGUUGGGUACAUACGCCUCAAAGAGUUCAAUGCAUUGGCCAGAAAAGAUUUAGUCAUUGCAAUGAAACGACUUCAAGACAUGGGUGCCUCAUAUUUCAUUUUGGAUCUUAGAGACAAUCUUGGUGGACUAGUACAGGCUGGAAUUGAAAUUGCAAAGCUUUUCCUAAAUGAAGGAGACACGCAGAGCAAAGCACUUGAUUAUUCUUGGCGUGAUUCUACCGUGGUAAAGGAUUUUCUGGACACUUCAAUUGCUUUGGCAUCCUAUUCGGAUUUAGUGAUCUACACUGUUGGAAGAGAUCCUCAGUUGCAGAAGGCUAUUGUUUCAGAUACUUCACCAUUGAUUCAAGCUCCUGUUGUUGUUUUAGUAAAUGACAAAACUGCUAGUGCAAGUGAAAUAGUUGCUUCGGCACUUCAUGAUAAUUGUAGAGCCGUUCUUGUUGGGAAACGCACAUAUGGCAAGGGUCUAAUCCAAUCUGUAUUUGAGCUUGACGAUGGAUCUGGUGUGGUUAUCACUGUUGGGAAGUAUGUUACACCAAAUCACAAGGACAUAAACGGCAAUGGAAUAGAGCCUGACUUCCAGAAACUUCCAGCAUGGGAUGAUAUCAGCCAACAUCUUAAAAAAUGCAGUAUGACACAACAGGGAUAA